AUGUUGAGCUUUGUGGAUGACAUCCUGUCUGGGGCCAAGUCUCCGUGUGUGAUGCUUGGGGAUAUCCCUGACCUCCUGACCUCCUCCGUCAGCAUGAUCAUUCGCUGCCUGGAGCCAGACACCACUUACAUGUAAGUUACUGUACCAUUAGCAAUGGAUGUUUAUCUCUUGUGUUAGAAAUGGAAAAUACUAUAUCAUCAUUAUCACCACUCAGAUAAUACAUCAAAUAUACAGUACAUAACUAACUUGUAAAUGCAUUGCUUGCCUCCUUCAAGCUUGAUUUAGCAAGCAGUGACUUGAAUGUAAGAUAUCUGAGAAAAAUACAACAACAAAAAAGUGAAAAAGGAAAAUGUGAAAAUGAUUCAUUUGAGGAAUUGCACAAUAUUGUUAUUUUUACCUUUAUUUAACUAGGCAAGUCAGUUAAGAACAAAUUCUUAUUUACAAUGACGGCCUACACCGGCCAAACCCGGACGACGCUGGGCCAAUUGUGCGCCGCCCUAUGGGACUCCCAAUCACGGCCGGUUGUGAUACAGCCUGGAAUCGAACCAGGGGGUCUGUAGUGACGCCUCAAGCACUGAGAUGCAGUGCCUUAGACCGCUUUUUGGGUUACUGGAUAAUAUCAAACUAGCUAGCAAUCCUCUGAGAGUAAAGACAGAACCUGGGAAAGCAUAUUUCCUAGAACUCUAUUACUAUAUUACAACUAUGCUGUCUAUUGCGCUGAGGGAAGCCCUGUCCUUGGCCUAAGCCAACUUCCCUGGAUGUUCCGUGGAUGUGUACGUACAUGUAGGUGUUAUCCAAUGGAAACACAGUCUACAUGAAGGGAACAACAACCAGUUUGCAGGGGAGAGCCUGGAAUCACUCCCCAGUCAUGUGCAUGUACUUCUUUAAGACAAGUGUUUAAAAUAUGUUUCAGACAGCUGGGGAAGUAGCUCAUACUUUGGAACAGCUUCAAAGUGCAUCAAUGGAGCACUUAAUGCUAAUAGCAGAAACAAGAAUCACAAGAUCAAGAGAUUAGGUGCACUAACAAACAUGACAGAGAAAUACCUUGUCCUUGACAAAAUGUGCACUAUUUGAGAUGUUAUUUCAAUAUACAUAUUUGUAUUUUUUUAUCACAAAUAUGCAAAAUUCAACAUUUACACUGGAAGUAUAUAAUAAUGACUUCUAAUGUUUAUAAAUUGCAAAAUGAUAAACCCUAUAACAAACUAUUUGGGAGGUCUUUGUGUACCCCCCCCCCCAGAAAAAUAAUUAUAUAUAUAUAUAUAUAUAUAUAUAUAUAUAUAUAUAAUAUUAGGAAGGUUCAAUUCACAUUCCGGGAAACGUGUUGAGUUAAGUGAGGUCAUUGCCAGGUGUAAUGAAAGUAGUUUAUGGUUAUUCUGUUUCUGUGCUACUGGACAUUACAGUGUGUAUUGCUCCUGUGUUUGUUGUAAUGCAAGAUGAUAUUGUGGUGAUGUAAACCCAUGUGAGGUCAAUCUUGUACUGCCUGGUGGCCAGUGUGUUUUUAAUGACCGCAUGGAACGUUUGACUGUGUGUUUAAGGUCAAUCAGUAUAAUGAAUUGAGCCAUGCUCUGAGAGUUAUAAGUUCCCCUGGCACCCCUCCACCUUCUCUCUCCUUCCUCUAGCACUCACACUCUGCACCCUUCCUCAUCCGACAGCCUGCUAUCCUCCACACAUGUAGCCACUUACCUCAUACAUGCUCCGUAAAUGGGGUAUUCAUAAUUAAAAGAUUACACAAAGGAGGGAAGGGGGACAAAAUAUCAUCUUGAGCACGUUGUCUCUUCGAAUGGUUCUGAUUUAUAGGAAUAUGAGGAUUUGGCCGGCAGGGAUGUAGCUCAGUUGAUAGAGCAUGGCGUUUGCAACGCCAGGGUUGUGGGAUCGAUUCCCACGGGGGGCCAGUAUGAAAAAAUCAAUAAAUGUAUUCACUAACUGUAAGUCGCUCUGGAUAAGAGCGUCUGCUAAAUGACGUAAAUGUAAAUAAGUCUGGCUGCACAACCGAUUUGCAAACGUACUGCAAAUUGAGAAAUCAUGUGACUAAACUGAAUAAAAAGAAAGUAUACUAUGAAACAAAUAUAGAUUAUAUAAAGAAUGAUAGUAAAAAGUUUUGGAGCAGUUUAAAUGAAAUGUUGGGCAAAAAGGCAAACACAUCUCCAUCAUCCAUUGAAUCAGAUGGCUCAUUCAUCACAAAACCCACUGAUAUUGCCUAUUACUUUAAUUAUUUUUUCAUUGGCAAGAUUAGCAAACAAACGCUGACACUACACAUCCAAGUAUAACUGAUACAAUUUUGAAAGACAAGCAUUGUCAUUUUGGAAUUCCGUAAAGUGAGUGUGGAAGUGGUGAAAAGAUAAUUGUUGUCUAUCAAUGAUGACAAGCCACCGAAGUCUGACAACUUGGAUGGAAGAUUACUGAGGAGAAUAGCGGCCAAUAGUGCCACUCUUAUUUGCCAUAUCUUCAAUCUAAGCCUACUAGAAAGUGUGUGCCCUCAGGCCUGGAGGGAAGCAAAAGUAAUUCCGCUACCCAAGAAUAGUAAAGCCCCCUUUACUGGCUCAAAUAGCCGACCAAUCAGCCUGUUACCAACCCUUAGUAAACUUUUGGAAAAAAAGGGUGUUUGACCAGAUACAAUGCUAUUUUAUUGUAAACAAAUUGACAACAGACUUUCAGCACCCUUAUAAGGAAGGACAUUCAACACGCACGGUACUUACACAAAUGACUGAUGAUUGGCUGAGAGAAAUUGAUGAUAAAAAGAUUGUGGGAGCUGUUUUAUUAGACUUCAGUGCGGCUUUUGACAUUAUCAAUCAUAGUCUGCUGAUGGAAAAACGUAUGUGUUAUGUCUUUACACCCCCUGCUAUAUUGUGGAGAAAGAGUUACCUGUCUAACAGAACACAGAGGCUGUUCUUUAAUGGAAGCCUCUCCAACAUAAUCCAGGUAGAAUCAGGAAUUCCCCAGGGCAGCUGUCUAGGCCCCUUACUUAUUUUCAAUCUUUACUAAUGACAUGCCACUGGCUUUGAGUAAAGUCUAUGUAUGCGGAUGACUCAACACUAUACACGUCAGUUACUACAACGCGUGAAAUCACUGCAACACUUAACUAAGAGCUGCAGUUAGUUUCAUAAUGGGGGGCAAGGAAUAAGUUGGUUCUAAAUAUUUUUACAAUUAAAAGCAUUGUAUUUGGGACAACUCAUUCACUAAACCUUAAACCUCAACUAAAUCUUGUAAUAAAUAAUGUGGAAAUUGAGCAUGUUGAGGUGAAUAAACUGCUUGAAGUAACCCUGGAUUGUAAACUGCCAUGGUCAAAACAUGUUGAUACAUAAGUAGCUAAGAUGGGGAGAAGUCUGUCCAUAAUAAAGUGCUGCUCUGCCUUUUUAACAACACUAUCAACAUGGAAGGUCCUACAGGCCCUAGUUUUGUCGCACCUGGACUACUGUUCAGUCGUGUGGUCAGGUGCCAUAAAGAGGUACCUCGGAAAAUUACAAUUGGCUCAGAACAGGGCAACACGGCUGGUCCUUAAAUGUACACGGCGAGCUAACAUUAAUAAUAUGCAUGUAAAUCUCUCAUGGCUCAAAGUGGAGGAGAGAUUGACUUCAUCACUACUUGUUUUUGUAAGAAGUGUUGACAUACUCAAUGCACCGAGGUGGCUGUUUAAACUAGUAGCACACAGCUCGGACACCCAUGCAUACCCCACAAGACAUGCCACCAAAGGUCUCUUCCCAAUCCCCAAGUCAAGAACAGACUAUGGGAGGUGCACAGUACUACAUAGAGCCAUGGCUACAUGGAACUCUAUUCCACAUCAGGUAACUGAUGCAAGCAGUAGAAUCAGAUUUUAAAAAACAGAUAAAAAUACACAUGGAAUAGCGGGGGCUGUGAUGAGACACACACAGCACGGACACACAUACACAUGAUGAGACACGCACUCUACACACACAUACACAUGGAUUUUGUAUUGUAAAUAUGUGAUAGUAGAGUAGUGGCCUGAGGGAACACACUUAAUGUGUUGUGAAAAGUGUUAUGAAAUGUAAUUUCAUGUAAUAUUUAAAAUUGAAUAUAACUGCCUUAAUGUUGCUGGACCCCAGGAAUAGUAGCUGCCUAGGCAGCAGCUAAUGGGGAUACUUAAUAAAUACAAAUACAAAUACAAAUCUUUACAUAAUUUUUCUUCUGGUCAAUUUCCUUGUUGGCAGGCUAUUCAGCUCAGUUGUUACAGACGACUUCAGUUAUUUUCAAAACGUUUCCUAUAUUCAUAAAAUGUCUCUAUGCCUGUGCUGUACAGUUACAAAGCACUUAAUUAUUUCUUCAGGAUAUCUGUUGAAGUGCAUUGCAAAAUAUUUCAGGCCUCACAGGUUUAGCUUUGGUAAUUUAAAAAUACAAUUUCAGCUCUGUACGUUCCAAAAAUGAUACCUAAUUUUACGCAUUACUUUAGUUAUCUUAUUGUCUUGAGACCAGACAGUGACCUCAGUGUCUUAUUGGUCAAGCUGUAUUGUAUUGUACAGUGCAUUCGGAAAGUAUUAAGACCCCUUGACUUCUUCCACAUUUCGUUAUGGUAGAGCCUUAUUCCAAAAUGUAUUACAUUUUUUGUUUUUUCCUCAUCAAUCUACACACAAUACCCCAUAAUGACAAAGCAAAAACAGGUUUUUUUUUUAAAUAAAAAAACUGAAAUAUGACAAUUACAUAUUCAGACCCUUUACUCAGUACUUUGUUGAAGCACCUUCGGCAGCGAUUACAGCCUCGAGUCUUCUUGGGUAAUGACGCUACAAGCUUGGCACACCUGUAUUUGGGGAGUUUCUCCCAUUCUUCUCUGCAUAUCCUCGGGGGACGUUGUCCUGUUGGAAGGUGAACCUUCACCCCAGUCUGAGGUCCUGAGCACUCUGGAGCAGGUUUUCAUCAAGGAUCUCUCUGUACUUUGCUCCGUUCAUCUUUCCCUCGAUCCUGACUAGUCUCCCAGUCCCUGCCGCUGAAACCAUCCCCACAGCAUGAUGCUGCCACCACUAUGCUUCACCAUAGGGAUGGUUCCAGGUUUUCUCCAGAUGUGACGUUUGGCAUUCAGGCCAAAGAGUUCAAUCUUGGUUUCAUCAGACCAGAGAAUCUUGUUUCUCAUGGUCCGUGAGUCCUUUAGGUGCCUUUUGGCAAACUCCAAGCGGGCUGUCAUGUGCAUUUUACUGAGGGGUGGUUUCCGUCUGUCAAGGAUUCUGCCGAGGCUGCUCCUCCUCCUUGCUCGGGCAGGCUUCGGCGUUCGUCGUCCCCGGAGUACUAGCUACUGCCGUUCGAUGUUAUCGGUGUUUGUUUAGUUUUGUCUGUAUUGUUUACACCUGUUCGUCAUUAUGUUAAUUGUUUCCCUUAUAAUUACCCCUGUCUCUCAUCUGUACUUUGUGUGUGAUUGUUUUCCCCUUCACGGUUGUCUAUUUUGUGAGCAGGUUAUUUCCUCCCUGCGUGGAGUUAUUUUCUGUGUCCUUUUGGUUCCUUUUCGUAUUUAAAGUACGUAUCCGAGAGUUCUGUGUCCUGCGCCUGACUUUGUUUACCGCAUCUCACAGACAGUCGUGACAGAAUCACACACCUUACCAUGGAGUCAGCAGGAGCGACGGCACCGACUGGAUCACUCGAGGAGCGCGUCCUACAACAGGCAGCGAUGCUCCAAAAUCUUGGUGCCGCUAUGGAUAACGUUAUGAACACUUUGGGACGAUGGGAGAGAGGAGGUUUGCCCACACCUCCUCCAACGAUACCACCACCAUCGGCUACUCCUAUCGUCUCACAUCCGGAGUCCAGUGGAAUUCGGCUCUCGCUCCCGAGGGCUUAUGAUGACACCGCAGCCGGGUGUCAGGGUUUCCUGCACCAGGUGGAACUUUACCUGGCAACCAUUCACCCGGCACCCUCGGGAUACGAGAGCGUGUCCGCCCUCAUCUCCUGUCUGUCCAGCAAGGCACUGGAGUGGGCCAACGCCGAGUGGGGAGGGAUAGACGCCGCUACUGUGAACUAUGCGGAGUUCACCCGCCGCUUCAGCGCAGUGUUCGAUCAUCCCCCGGAGGGGAAGGCGGCGGGUGAGCGUCUAUUCCACCUCAGACAGGGGAGGAGGAGCGCGCAGGAAUUCACACUGGACUUCCGGACUCUGGCUGCCAAUUCGGGAUGGAAUGAGAGGGCCCUCAUCGACCACUACAGAUAUAGCCUGAGGGAGGACGUUCGUCGAGAGUUGGCCUGCAGGGACACCAACCUAAGCUUCAAUCAGCUGGUGGACAUGUCGUUUCGUUUGGAUACCCUGUUGGCUACCCGCGGACGUCCAGCGCUGGGGCCGUCCAUUCCAUUCCCCAGCACCUCCGAGCCGAGCCCUAUGGAGCUCGGGGGUGCUGGUAGUAGGGAGGCCAGGAAGGAGGCUGUCCCCUGAACCAACUGUGGCCGCCGAGGACACACAGUGGUUCGGUGCUGGGGAGGGUCUCCUCGGAUUUGAGGCAGCAGGCAGCGCACUGAUGAGUCAUUCCCGGUGAGUAAGGUCCCAACUCACCCAGAGCUCUCUGCUGUUCAUAUGUGUAUCCAAGUGAUGUUUCCAGAAGUUUCUUCUUACUCCCAGCAAAAGGCGCUAGUCGAUUCAGGCGCAGCUGGGAAUUCUAUCGAUCGCCAUUUCUCAUAUAAGUUAGGGAUCCCUAUAUUACCAGUCGAUGUGCCCUUCCCUAUCCAUGCCCUAGAUAGCCGGCCUUUGGGGUCGGGAUUGAUUAGGGAGGUCACAGCGCCACUGAAGAUGAAAACGCAGAAGGGUCAUGAGGAGACUAUACAGUUGUAUUUAAUUGACUCUCCUGCGUUUCCAGUGGUGUUGGGACUUCCCUGGUUAAUAUCUCAUGACCCCAACAUUUCAUGGCAACAGAGGGCUCUCAAGGGAUGGUCUGAUCAGUGUGUGGGGCGUUGUGUAGGUGUUUCCGUAGGGGCAACGACGGUGGAGAGUCCGAACCAAAUGCCCACAAUGCACAUUCCUCCUGAGUAUGCCGAUUUGGCAAGCGCCUUCUGUAAGAUGAAGGCGACUCAAUUACCACCUCAUCGACAGGGGGAUUGUGCGAUAGACCUCCAGGUUGGCGCGGCGCUCCCUCGCAGCCAUGUGUAUCCUCUGUCUCAGGAGGAGACGGCUGCUAUGGAGACAUACGUCGCCGAAUCCUUGAGACAGGGAUACAUACGGCCUUCCACUUCUCCUGCGUCCUCAAGUUUCUUUUUUGUGAAGAAGAAGGAUGGGGGUUUACGCCCGUGUAUUGAUUACCGUGGUCUCAAUCAGAUCACUAUUAAAUACAGCUAUCCUCUCCCUCUGAUUGCUAGUAUGACAGAGUCAUUACACGGGGAGCGCUUCUUCACAAAAUUGGAUCUCAGGAGCGAUUACAACCUGGUGCGCAUUCGGGAGGGAGAUGAGUGGAAAACAGCCUUCAGUACCACCUCGGGUCACUAUGAGUACCUCGUCAUGCCAUACGGUCUAAUGAAUGCUCCUUCAGUCUUCCAAUCAUUUGUAGACGAGAUUUUCCGGGAUUUGCAUGGACAGGGGGUAGUGGUGUAUAUUGAUGACAUUCUGAUAUACUCCACUACACGUACCGAGCAUGUGUCCCUGGUACGUCGGGUGCUGGGUAGACUGUUGGAGUAUGAUCUGUAUGUGAAGACAGAGAAAUGUCUGUUUUUCCAGGAGUCCAUCUCCUUCCUGGGACACCGGUUGUCUGCGUCAGGGGUGGAGAUGGAGAUUGACCGCAUUUCAGCCGUGCGUAAUUGGCAGACUCCAACUACAGUAAAGGAGGUGCAGCGGUUUUGGGGUUUUGCCAAUUACUACCGGAGGUUUAUCCGGGGUUUUGGACAGGUAGCGGCUCCCAUUACCUCCCUGCUAAAGGGGGGCCCGGUGCGUUUGCAGUGGUCGGCUGAGGCGGACAUGGCGUUUAGUAAUUUGAAGGACCUGUUCACCUCAGCUCCGGUGCUGGCACAUCCGGAUCCCUCUUUGGCGUUCCAAGUCGAGGUGGAUGCGUCCGAGGCGGGGAUCGGUACUAUACUGUCUCAGCGCUCGGGCACGCCUCCAAAACUCCGCCCCUGUGCUUUCUAUUCUAAGAAGCUCAGUCCGGCGGAGCGCAAUUAUGACGUGGGGGACAGGGAGCUGCUAGCUGUGGUCCAGGCCCUGAAGGUGUGGAGACAUUGGCUUGAGGGGGCUAACCAACCUUUUCUCAUUCUGACUGACCAUCGUAACCUGGAGUACAUCCGGGCAGCGAAGAGACUGAAACCUCGUCAGGCUAGGUGGGCCAUGUUUCUGGCCCGGUUUGUCUUUAAGAUCAUGUAUAUCCCCGGGUCACAGAACGUUAAGGCAGACGCCCUGUCCCGACGAUAUGACACAGAGGAGAGGUCCAUUGAGCCCACUCCCAUACUACCGGAGUCUUGUCUCGUGGCACCGGUGGUGUGGGAGGUCGACACGGAAAUCGAGCGGGCGUUACGUACAGACCCUUCUCCCCCAGAGUGUCCAGAGGGACGGAGGUACGUGCCGCUCGAGGUCCGUGACCGACUGAUUUAUUGGGCUCACACGUCACCCUCCUCUGGUCAUCCUGGUAUUGGUCGGACGGUGCACUGUCUUAGCGGGAAGUACUGGUGGCCCACCUUAGCUAAGGACGAGAGAGUUUACGUUUCUUCCUGCUCAGUGUGCGCCCAGUGUAAGGCGCCUAGACACCUGCCCAGGGGGAAGUUACAACCUCUCCCCGUUCCACAAUGGCCGUGGUCUCACCUGUCGGUGGAUUUUGUCACGGACCUUCCCCCCUCCCAGGGGAUACCACGAUCUUGGUCGUUGUUGAUCGGUUUUCUAAGGCCUGCCGUCUCAUCCCUAUGCCAGGUCUUCCUACAGCCCUACAAAUGGCCGAAGCCCUGUUUACUCACGUUUUCCGGCACUACGGGGUGCCUGAGGAUAUAGUGUCUGAUCGGGGUCCCCAGUUCACCUCUAGAGUGUGGAGGGCGUUCAUGGAACGUUUGGGGGUCUCGAUCAGCCUUACCUCGGGUUUUCACCCUGAGAGUAAUGGGCAGGUGGAGAGAGUAAACCAAGAUGUGGGUAGGUUUCUGAGGUCCUACUGCCAGGACCGGCAGGAGGAGUGGUCGGGGUAUAUUCCCUGGGCAGAGAUAGCCCAAAACUCACUCCGCCACUCCUCCACUAAUCUCACUCCUUUCCAGUGUGUGUUGGGCUAUCAGCCUGUUCUGGCACCCUGGCAUCUGAGCCAGAUCGAGGCUCCUGCGGUGUACGAGUGGUUUCGGCGCUCUGAAGAAACCUGGAACGCUGCGCAUGUCCAUCUGCAGCGGGCUAUCAGGCGGCAAAAGGCGAGCGCCGAUCGCCACCGCAGUGAGGCUCCGGUGUAUGCACCGGGAGAUCGGGUCUGGCUCUCGACCCGAAACCUGCCCCUUCGCCUACCCUGCCGGAAGCUGGGUCGGCGGUUUGUGGGGCCAUUUAAAGUCCUGAGGAGAUUGAACGAGGUAUGCUAUAGGUUACAACUGCCCAUUAAUUACCGCAUUAACCCCUCGUUCCAUGUGUCUCUCCUCAGACCGGUGGUGGCUGGUCCACUCCAGGAGAAUUAGAUACGAGAGGCUCCUCCGCCCCCGUUGGACAUCGAGGGGGCUCCGGCGUACUCAGUCCGUUCCAUCUUGGAUUCGAGGCGUCGGAUGGGGGGCCUGCAGUACCUCGUGGAGUGGGAGGGGUACGGUCCGGAGGAACGGUGCUGGGUCCCUAGGAGGGACAUCCUAGAUCCCUCCAUGUUGACUUCCACCGGAGUCAUCCGACUCGCCCUGCUCCGCGUCCUCCUGGCCGUCCCCGAGGCCGGGGUCGGCGCACGGCUGGAGCCGCGCGUCAAGGGGGGGGGGUACUGUCACGGAAUCAGCCGAGGCUGCCCCUCCUCCUUGCUCGGGCAGGCUUCGGCGGUCGUCGUCCCCGGAGUACUAGCUGCCACCGAUCUAUGUUUUGGUGUUUGUCUAGUUUGUCCUGAUUGUUUGCACCGGUUUCCCAUUAUGUUAUAUUGUAUAUAACAUAUACAAUAUAACAUAAUGGGAAACAGGUGCAAACAUGUAUCUCAUUGGUUAUUGUGUGUGAUUGUUUUCCGUUAGGUCGGCAGUGCUGGUUGUAUGCGUUAUUUGUUCCUCCCUGUUUGGAGGUUUGUUUUGUACUUUCUUUACUGUGUUAAGUGAAGUACGUUCUGCCAGUUGUUCGGUGUCCUGCGCUUGACUUCGUUUCCCGCAUACACGUCACCUUGACAAUUUCGAGUCUCAUAUCAAAGGGUCUGAAUACUUAUGUAAAUAAUGUAUUUCUGUUUAUUAUUUUAAAUCAUUUGCAAAAAUGUCUAAAAAUCUGUUUUCACAUUGUCAUUAUGGGGUAUUGUGUGUAGAAUCAUGCGGAAAGAAAUGUAUUAUAUCCAUUUAAGAAUAAGGCUGUAAUGUAAAAAAUGUGGAAAAGGGGAAGGGGUCUGAAUACUUUCCAAAUGCGCUGUAUGCAUAGCCAUGAAUACACUUCAUACAUACAGUGCAUUUAUUUUAGGUAGACACAAUACAUGUAUUUCACAGAUACAGUCGCUAGUGAAAGUCUACACACCCCUUGCACAAUAUUCAUAUUUUGUUGCCUUAAAAUGAAAUCUAAAAAGGGAUUACAUUUGAUUUUUGUCCGACCGAUCUCCACAACCCACUCCACAUUUCCAAAGUUUAAGAAAAAUUAUAGAAAAUGUAAUGAAAAAUUAAUGAAAGAUUUAAAAAUAAGAAGUUAAUACUUGGUGGAAGCACCUUAGGGCAACGUACAUCCAUUGUUUCUGUCAAAAUUGCUCAAGUUCAGAAUCAAAUUCAAUCACAUUUAUUUUAUAAAGCCCUUUUUUACAUUGGAAGUUUUCACAAAGCACUAUACAGAUACCAGCCUAAAACCCCAAAGAGCAAGCAAAGCAGAUGCAGAAGCACAGUAAAUUUGGUUGAGAAUCAUUGAUGGGCAGCAAAAUUAAAUCCUUGUCUCUUUUGAUCCUGACAAACGCCCCAUUCUCUGCCGGUAAUAAGUAUACCCAUAACAUGACACUGCCACCACAAUACUUGAAAAUACAUAGGAUCAACAACAUUGCAUUCACUCUACAUUUCUGGUAAACAUCAUAUAAUUGAAAAGCAUCAAUCUGGUAUGUUUUUGCAAAUAGAAACGGGUAAAAAAACAUGAUGCUUAUGUGAAUACAUUGCAUUCAAUGGGGGGGAAGAUUAGUGUCACAAUAUUGAUGCUUAGAGACAAGCAUCAGAGGCAUGAUUCUUAAGUAAACACAUUGCAUUCUAUGGGGGGAAGAUUAGUGUCACAAUAUUAAUGCCUAGAGAUAAGCUUCAGAGACAUGCUGCCUAAGUGAAUACGUUGCAUUCAAUGAGAUUGAUGCAUAGAAAUGCAUCAACUAGUUGACACAUAAGUCAAUUACAUUCAUGUCUGUUGGAUUUCUCUCUCUAUUCUCUAAUCCUCCCUCCCUCCUUCUCUCUCCCUCUCUUUGCUUCCCUCUGCCGCUCUCUCUCUAUGUCCUCUUUAUCCCCCCUGUCUCUUCUGUCUCCCUCCCUCUUCUUUCACCCCUCCACCCUCUCUUUCCCUAACGCUUCCGAUGAAUGCAAGUCUACACCUGACCAUGUGAAAUGUAGUCUUAACAGUGAAAACUUGCUCCUGUGGAGAACAAGGCUUUUCUUCCAUAGAAAAGCAUUACCUAGAGCCCUUACAUAACCAUGACACCCACCGUGGACUGCGAUUGAGCUAGCUAACCGUUCUUGUACUCAAUCCAUCGUGACCUUAUAGUUAUUCCCUGUGUUGAGGUUUAGCUUCCUGUGGUAACAGGAAGUGGCUUAAUUCAUCCUUGUCAUGGUAAUUCAUUCUCUCCCUGCAGUUACUCAAAAACACUGUGUUCCAUCCUCUGUAGAACGAUCAAUUCUUAAAGUAAAGACUUGAAACUCAGGGCAUUGUUAAAGAGUGUCCCCAGGAGGUGGUACAUUGAAUUUCAGCUUCCUGCGAUUACAUUCAGUUACUUAAUUGGUGGUCAUAGGGGUGGUUUUGAUUAGUUACAAAAAUGAAUUGUCCUAAAUGUUACAUAUUUGUGACAUUACAGGGACUGUUAUGACCUGGCAUAUGACAUUUGAAGUAAAUCGGCCCAAAAAUAUUUUUGACCUCCAUUGAACUCAAUGGUCUUGCAGUACUAGAGAGGCUCUGUCUGUCUGACUGUCUGUCUGUCUGUACGUCUGUCUGUGAGUGUAUAAGUCUGUCUGUCUGUUUGUCUGUGAGUGUGUCUGUCUGUCUGUCUGUCUUUCUGUCUGUCUGUCUGAGUCUUACACCAAUUUACCCAUUUUAGAUUUAUCACCACCUUUUUUGCCUUGAAUGCAAUGUAUUGACUUAUGCAUCAAAUCAAUUGAUGCCUUGCUUUUUGCAUGAAUGCAAUACAUAGACUUUUAUGCAUCAUUAUCCAGUCUGUGGAGGUGGGAGAGAGGGGGCAGAGGGUGAAAGAAGUGAGAGAGAGAAGAGAAGGAGGGGGGUUAAAGAUAAUAUAUAUAUAGAGAGACAGAGGGAGGGAGGCAAAUGAGGGCGGGAGGGAGAGAGAGAGAGAGAGAGAGAGAGAGAGAGAAGAGGGAGAUGGAGAGGGAGGUUAGAGAAUAGAUAGAGAGAUAGAGAGAGAGAGAUAAAGGGAGGGAGAAAGGGGAAAGCGAGAGGGUGAGGGUGAAGGAAGGAGGGAGAGGGAGAGAGGAGGUAGAAAGGAUGGGGAUAGGGAAAGAGAGGAACAUAAUUAAUAGAAGAGAGAAAGAGAGAGAAGGAAGGAGAGAGAGGGGGAGGGAGAGAGAGAGAGAAGAGAAGGAGGGGAUAAAGAGGAGGUAGAGAGAGAGACAGAGGGAGGCAAAGAGAGGGAGAGAGAGAAGAGAGAGAGAUGGAGAGGGGGGAUUAAAGAAUAGAGGUAGAGAGAGGGUGGGGUGGAGAGUGAGAUAAUGAGGGAGAGAGGAGGGAGAAAGAGAGAGAGAUAGAAGAAAGAGAGAGGAAGGGAGAGAGGGUGACGGGGUGAAAGAAGGGGAGGGAGAGAGGGAAAUAAAAGGAGGGGGGUAAAGAGGAUAUAUAUAGAGAGAGAGUGAGAUAGGCAAAGAGAGGUAGAGAGGAGGGAGAGGGGGAUUAGAGAAUAGAGAGAGAGAGAGAGAGAGAGAGAGAGAGAGAGAGAGAGAGAGAGAGAGAGAGAGGGAGAGAGAGAGAGAGAAAACCGACAGACAUGAAUUCAAUUUACUUAUUUGUCAACUACUUGAUGCAUAUCUAUGCGUCAAUCUCAUUGAGGCAGCAAAAUGUGAAGACUGUGCAAGGGGUGUGUAGACUUUCACUUGGCACUGCACCACUGCAGGUGGUAGUUGUUAAUGUUUCCUUCCACUAGAUGGCACUAUAAUUCAAGUAAAUGUUUUAACAACCGGUUGCACUUGCUUUGUAAAUGUAGCCUAUUGUCAGAUUUUUAUUAGCAUUCUAUCACAUUACAACAGUCAAUAAGAAAAUGUAAUGAUUUUUUCACUUAAUUCAGGGUCAUUUUAAUUUGUCUUUUCACAGCCUGAAAAACUAGCAGUUGCACAAACUGUAUUAUUGCAGUAGCAUGCACUCCCAUUGCAAUGAACAAACACUAGUUAUAUGUGUUGGUCUACAGGUUUAGGCUCUGGGCAGUGGACAACACAGGCCGUCGCUCCAGCCCUAGUGAGGUCACCAUCAAGACCCCCUGCCCUGCUGUUGAUGACGUCAAAGCACAAGGUGGGCUUUCUCAUGCAUGGAUGGACAGUAUCUGUAUCUUGGUUUUCAGACUAAUAUUCUAACAGUAGUUACUAAUCUGAAAACUUGUAGAGACACAUGUGUCUUGCCUCCACAUACAGUACUGAGAUCAGAUCUGUGUUGUUGCAGAGAUUGCAGACAAGAUCUACAACCUUUUCAAUGGUUAUACAAGUGGCAAGGAGCAGCAGACGGCUUACAAUACGCUGAUGGAUCUGGGCUCUCCCACCCUGCACCGUGUGCUCUACCACUACAACCAGCGUUAUGAGAGCUUCGGAGAGUUCACCUGGAGAUGCGAGGACGAACUGGGGCCCAGGUAUUUACACUAUCUGUCUCUGUCUCUGUCUCUGUCUCUGUCUCUGUCUCUGUCUCUCUCUCUCUCUCUCUCUCUCUCUCUCUCUCUCUCUCUCUCUCUCUCUCUCUCUCUCUCUCUCUCUCGCUCUCUCUUUCUCUCUCUCUCAGUCCAAGAAUAUCGAGGCAUAUUGGUUAGGAAAGCACAACUACCACCCAAUCAACUGUCUAGUAGCAUCAAAAUCCAUUCCCACCUGGGUGGUGAGACUUGUUUUGGUUGUGUUGUAAACACAGACUGGUUUAUAAUAGAUUCCAAGUACAGGCUUUGAUUGUAGACGUAGUUUGUGUAAAUUAAGGUCAAGUGGAAAUUCAUUAAAACUGAUUGGAGCAAAUUCUACCUUUGACAUCCGUCUGUCCAUUUACCACAAGCAGGAAGACCCCCUAACCCCUCACUGGUUGUUCAGUGCAGAUAAGUACUAUAAUGUGAAAUUGUAGCUAAAUGUUUUAAAAACAGAGCCGUGUCUGUUAUAAAAUGUCUACAUACAGUUGUCCGUAGAUGCACAGUGAAGCAGGUGAAACUGAUUAAGACGUCCUUGACUCCGAAUAAGGGCCUUAGCUUCAAAUUAAAGGUUGUUUUUAAGCCCAUAUAGGAAGGGUUGAUGUAAUUGGUUUGCUUCUGAAGUGUUCUAUUAAAAUACACUGACAUUAGCAGCCCCAAAUUUUCAGAUGGAUGAUUCAUGUCAAGAAAGCACCGACCUUAGAUGAAACCAAAGCAAGUGCAUUUGAGGUGAGGGUUGGGGGACUAUAAACAUGGGUUUAGAUUAACCAAUUGGACAUUAUCUUGCUAAACACCAUUAUAGUGUUAUGGAGGGUGGCUACCUUUUAAGUUGCUACAUACUGUAAGACUAUUAGCUUGUAAGCAUGUUGGGCAGGAUUUUCCAUGUUGUUAUGGUGUGUUGUGAUUGUGUAAGCCUGCUGUCUCAGGAAAUGUGUUAUAGGUGUUAUUGAAGAGAUGUAUUUGUAAUGUAUUCUUAAAAAUGUAAAUGAGAAUAAUAUGAAUAGACAUGAUUUGCAUUGGACCUUAUGUGUUGGGUGCGCUGCCAUUGUAGCUUUGUUGGAGAACCCCCAUCACUUGUUUACUUGUUCCAUACCCUCUGUCUCUCUAGCAUUUCUGAAAGGAACAAUUUACCACUUGAAUCAAAACAAUGAGAUUUUCCUUUCCACACACAGCAAUACAAAGCAGACAACAUCGCCUGUAACUGGGCAUGUCUCCAGAAAUGACUUUCCUUGUUAUGAAAUCCUCGAAUUCACUGGGGUUUCCCUGUUACAAACAAUGUGAACCAUUUAAAUGCAAUUUUCAUUAGCUAGUCAAAAUACAGAUAAUAGUCACCCACUCGGCCCCUGACUAAAUGAAAACGUGUUUCAGCAGAGUAAACAAUAUGUUAAAAUAAACUGGUGAAGCAAUGGAUCUAUCUUUGAAAAGCAGGGGAAAUAUUCCUCUCCCGGCUUUUGUACGUGUCAUAUCUCACUGACGAGUUAGGUUGGCCCCUGUCAGAGAACAUUUUUGUUGCUUUUUCCUGCAACAUCGCAUGAUGUUCAUGCCAAACAUAAACUUACAAAGUCUGUCUCCCGAGCCCGACACUUCUCUCCAUGUCCCGAUCUUGUCAUCGCUACGGGACUACCCAUCUCUAAAGGCAUGGGGCUGGUUGUUGACUUAGAAAUGUUAGAUGUUGGCUUGGUAGGAGAAAAUCCUAUCUUGAACAUUUCACUCCCCCUCUGUCUCCUUGCCUGUACAGCCCAAUAACUGACAGUUAUUUUUAUGACACAUCCUAAUUAGGCAAUUUCCUGCGAUGCUAAGUAUUGUUAUGGUUGGAUUUCUGUUGAUGACAUGACAAGUGGUGCUCAUGUUUUUGUGAUUUUUAAUUUUUCAGUUAAAAAGGGCCUAAUUUAAUCAAGGCUGUUUGGAAGAUAUAGGGAUUUUCCUCAGACAUUAUUUUACCACAAUUACUCUUCCAUUAUCUCAUGUUGUGGAUGAGGACUGGACUGUCCUACCAACAGAUAUACUCUAUAUCUGGUUGUUGGGUAUGGACGACAAUACAUGUACUAGUACUGUGCCAUUAAAGUCCAACAGUUUACUUUCAUGCGACACAUGAAAUUGCGUGCAUUCAUAAAAUGAAUUUCCUGAUAAAUGGACAAUAAAGUUAUCGGAUCGCAUUGUAUUGUAUAUCUGUGUAACACAGAGACAGAGUCAUCAUAGUGGUGGUUUCCUAGCGUCAUGGAUGCUAUUUUGAUCCAGUCCCUGGUCUCUGUGACUGUGGCUGUCUGAGGAAUGCAGCUGAUUGUUUCCUCUCCGACCAGUGAAAAGCAGUGGAGUCAAGGAGAUUUGAAAUAGGGGCCCUGGCAGAGUGGGAGAGCUCCAAAAUGUACCCUGGAAAUGUGAGGCCAUUUUCCACUUCUAUACAUGCUGGGAUUUAUGGUGACAACCGUUGCUAUUUGCAGCCCAAAACGUUUUCUUGAAUAAUGUAAGCAUAACAAACCGCAAGGUUUUUGUUUUAAGCAAAUAAACAUCAAAAUUCCUUAAACCACUGAAAUGUGGCAAGAUAUUAGAAACAUAAAUACAUUUAGAAAAAUUAUAUAAAUGACAGCACCCCUUCUACACAGAUACAGAUUAUUUUAUAAUGACUCAAUAUGUCUUUGAAUUUUGACAUCGUUAAAGUACCAUUAUAUUAUUUUCUCAAGAGUUCUCUGCAGAUAAUAAAUUGUGGGUAUUUAAGCUGUUAUUCUGCCCUAUUUGACUAGCAUCUGCAAAUGGGAUGUUGCUUAAGUGUCUCUAUGUAAACAUAACAUAGGCUACAGACACAGUAGGAUCCAGGUAUCCAGUAUCCAGGGCGGCAGGUACAGUAGCUUAGCGGUUAGAGCGUUGGGCCAGUAACCGAAAAGUCACUGGUUCGAAUACCCGAGCCGACAAGGUGAAAAAUCUGUCGAUGUGCCCUUGAGCAAGACACUUAACCCUAAUUUGCUCAUGGGGCCCGGUACUUCUAUGUAACCCUGUAAAACAGCACAUUUCAAUGCACCUAUCUGGUGUAUGUAACAUUAAAACCUGUUCCUAGUUUGAAAUAGAAAAUCUAAAUAUGAGGAUGUGUAAUAUUACAGGCUCAGCUUUCCCCUAUUGAAUGCAAAAACCUGGAAAUAUGACACUCCAUUACAGUAUGUCCUUGUUUGGAAAGUCUCACCUUGUGACACUUAAAGCACACUAACAAGCUGUCAUUGCACCCUGUGCCUUGUCUAACAAUGAUUAGCAAGUUAAGAGGUAUGUCUGAAAACAUUGGAUUCUGUGGAUCAUAUUCUUAGGAAUGCUUUGAAUGUAGGAGUUGGGAGGGAUGACAGUAUUAAGAGAGAAUGUGUUUUUGAUUAAUAACAAAAAUGUCUUGUGGGUCGACAAAAAUGUCUCACUAUUUACAUUGCAGUUUGGUGGUCCUGGUUUGGCCAGUGAGUGAGGUGAAGCCAUGUCUGAGGAAUCAGGCACUCUUUCCAUCCUGUAAAGUUGCUGUUUCUGUCAGCCACUUAUCCUGGAGACAGCUUCAUCACUUUCAAUGUCAUCACUAUCUGAACAUGGGUGGACCAUGUACAUGUUAUGAAAUUGAUGAAUAACAGUCAAGUAUUGACCUAAGAAGAAGUUAAUUCAAUUAUUUAUUCCACCUCAUGCCCAAUCCCCUACUGAAGGGAAGAGGUGGGUUUAGAGUCUGUCGUAUUAUGAUGUAGUGUAAAAACAAUGGUGAAGCCGCAAUGUGUGAUUUAUGAGUGACCCGCUCUAUCCAACAUUUGAUUUGCCUCAUUUAAGGUGAGAACACCAAAUACAAAAAUUGUACCUCACUCCAAACAGAGGUCCAUAUUUUGUGUAUUAAGUAUUUCUAUCAAUCUUACUUUUUCUUCUUGUUCUUUUGAGCUAAAUUCUACAAGAAAUCGAGAUCAACAAAUAUGGAAGGGCAUUAAGACAUGUUCUUUUGUGUGAAGGCCUUGUCUAUGUACGGUAUAAUUUGACUUGAGAUAAAUUGUAUAUAUUAUGUGUUAAAGUAACGGCCCAGUGAAAAUCUCACUUUUAAAAAUUAAUAUUCUGUUAACUCAUAUCCAAAUAAUGUUGUUGACUCGUCCUAUACCCGUAUUUGUGGCCAAAGCAUAAAUGGGAUGGGAAAAAAAACACUUAAUAAACACCACCUCAAACUUGUAUGUCUAAUAGACCAUUUCAUCUCCCUAAGGAGGAUGAGCUGGCCAAUCAGUGGUCUACUUGCAUGAAUAUUUUUAAUGACCGGUACACCACACCAUUCCAACACAGAAACACUUAUUUUUAACAUACUUAGUUACUAUUUCACUCAUACUGUAAGUAAUUAUAGGUCAUAUUUCAUAGAAAUCUGGCAACACUGGGCAGUUACUUUAACAAUCAGUAUGUCAUAAUUACCAAUAGUUAUCCAUGUUAAAGACAACUGUAUAUGUCAUGCCUAUACUGUGUAUCACUGUGGCAGGUGCAAUGGACCAUAGACUUCCAUUCAAUACUUCAUAAAUAGUUUGCUUAGGAGUUGUUGUGUUGUGUUCCUUUGCAGGAAAGCAUAACUGUUUUAACCCUUAUUUACCGUUAUAGUGUGUGUUUGCUGAGGAGUGCUUUGUUGUGUUCCUUUGCAGGAAAGCAGGUCUGAUUCUCUCACAGCUGGACGACCUGAGUGGAUGGUGCAGGGCUCUUCUCCAGGAGCCCAAGAUCGGCCUUCGCAGGAUGUCCCUCAAGUAUCUGUCCUGCCGCUACACAGACACCAAGGCCUUUGGUCUCAACUGGGUAGACCUGGGCCAGGAUGUGCGAAAGGCCUGCGACGAACAGAACCUGCCAGUCAUGUACAAUGAUUAUGGGGAGCCCAAAGAACGUUGA